AUGGCUGGUGGUACCGUCAAAUAUCGGCAUCUGAGCCGCAACUCAGCAGCUCGUAUGGCGCUGCUGCGCGGUCUUGUAUCUCAACUCGUCCAACACGAACAAAUCCACACAACAUAUGCCAAGGCAAAGGAGGCCCAGCGCAUGGCAGAGAAGCUUAUCACAUUGGCAAAGAGGGAUAACGAACCCGCACGAAGAUCAGCACAGGGUAUCCUAUACACACCGCACACACUUCUACCCAAACUAUUAGGCGAGCUAAGAUCACGAUAUUUGGAUCGAGAGGGCGGCUACACUCGUGUGGUUCGCACCGAGUCCAAGAACACCUACGACCAGGGCGAGAGCGCCAUCCUCGAAUUUGUCGACGGUCCCAAGGACUCACGUUUUAUGAUGACUGCCAAGACAGUCGCCCGCGACCGUAUGCUUGGAAUGAAGCACACACCAGUUACAAGGACGAACAUGAAGAAGGUCACACAGUUCCGCGGCGAGGAGCCCUUCGAGGAGAUGGUGCGAAGGUUUAUGGUUCUCAAGGCCAAUGACGAGACUGUACCACAAAGAGACGAGAGCAGCUUGGCCGAGGUUGAGUCUGCAAAGAUGGCUGAUAAGAAUGCUGAGCGGGCAAAGGAGAUGGCCGCAGGAAUCGUGCCAGAGUCAGUGAAGAAGACAUCACAAUAA